AUGGAUGCCAGCAAGCAGCCCGCUAAGCUCGUCAAGGUCACCCGUGUCCUCGGCCGUACCGGCUCCCGUGGUGGUGUCACCCAGGUCCGCGUCGAGUUCAUGGACGAUACCUCCCGCAGCAUCAUCCGUAACGUCAAGGGCCCUGUCAAGGUCGAUGACAUCCUCUGCCUGCUCGAAUCCGAACGCGAGGCCCGCCGUCUCCGAUAA